AAAAAAAAUAUAAAUUCUUAGAAGUCCCCCACGCCGAAAUGGCGACCAAAUGCAAAGAGAGCAUUGAAGUUGAGCAAUCGAACACUAACACAAGCAUAGCACAGUUCCAAACACAUCAAUUUCAAUAAUGUUUUCUUCUUUAAUUUCUCUCAAGCCUUUCCUUCACUCCCUCGUCCUUGAUCGUUACGCUCAGAGCACAACUGCUGCAACCAGGUGGGAGUGCCUGGGGUUUAACAAGUCAGAGAAUUUGAGUGCUAAGAGAGUGUUGUGUGUUGAGGGGUUCAAGCUGAAUUGCUUGGUUGAUAAUAGAGAGAUGAAUGUGGAGUCAUCAUCUUCAUCAUCUUUGGUGAAUGAUGUAUCUGGGUGCUUAAAUGAAGAGGAUUUAGGGGAGCCUAGUAUUUCAACAAUUGUGAUGAAUUUCGAGAAUAAGUUUGAUCCUUUUGGAGCAAUUAGUCCCCCACUCUACCAAACGGCCACUUUUAAGCAGCCUUCUGCGGUAGAAAAUGGUCCAUAUGACUAUACUAGAAGUGGAAAUCCUACCCGAGAUGCUUUAGAAAGUUUACUGGCAAAACUUGAUAAAGCAGAUAGAGCCCUGUGCUUCACCAGUGGAAUGGCUGCUUUGACUGCUGUUGCUCAUCUUGUUGGAACUGGUGAGGAAAUUGUUGCCGGAGAUGAUAUAUAUGGUGGCUCAGAUAGGUUGCUGUCUCAAGUAAUUCCAAGGACUGGAGUUGUGGUGAAAAGGGUAAAUACAAGUUAUCUAAAUGAGGUUGCAUCUUCCAUUGGACCCAGGACUAAGCUUGUGUGGCUUGAGAGUCCAACCAAUCCUCGACUACAAAUUUCUGAUAUUCGAGUAAGGUGUUGUAUUUUGUAUACUGUGGAUCAGUACUCAGUACUCACUUUGCAUUCCCUCCCGGAUGGUUACUUUCUUUUGUCAAUGUUAAGGUUGGGAAAGGAAUUGUAUUUCUUGCAAAAUGCAGAGGGUUCAGGUUUAGCUCCAUUUGACUGUUGGCUUUGUUUGCGAGGAAUCAAGACAAUGGCCCUGCGAGUUGAAAAGCAACAGGAUAAUGCACAAAAGAUUGCUGAGUUCCUUGCGUCCCAUCCUCGAGUGAAGAAAGUGAAUUAUGCUGGUUUACCCAGUCAUCCUGGUCGUGAUUUACACUAUUCUCAGGCAAAGGGUGCUGGAUCUGUGCUUAGCUUCUUGACAGGUUCACUGGCACUUUCAAGGCAUAUUGUUGAAACUACCAAAUACUUCAGCAUAACCGUCAGCUUUGGGAGUGUGAAGUCCUUAAUCAGCUUGCCUUGCUUUAUGUCACAUGCAAGCAUACCUACCACAGUUCGUGAGGCCAGAGGUUUAACUGAAGAUCUUGUGCGUAUAUCUGUCGGAAUUGAGGAUGUCAAUGAUCUCAUUGCUGAUCUAGACAAUGCACUCAGAACUGGGCCUUUAUAAUUUAGGGUUUUUUAUUUAUAAAUAUUUAAGGAUGUCAAUGAUCUCAUUGCUGAUCUAGACAAUGCACUCAGAACUGGGCCUUUAUAAUUUAGGGUUUUUUAUUUAUAAAUAUUUAACCUUAAUAAAUCGGAUUAUCGUGGUGUUAGUGUGUUGAGAAUUUGAGAGCUUUGUUAUCCUAUCUUUGGAGCUUCGAGGGUGGAAAUUUGAAGUGUUUGCAAAAUUCAUGCUUCUUGCAAGUUUGUUGAA